AGUGACGCAUGGGAGGGGGAAGCAUGACCCACUAGCCCGUUCAGAGGCCUGGCUCUGGCGCAAUUCCCCGCGAGACGUCGGCCGGGCGUGGCGGCGACGUAGUGCAGAAAACAUGGCGGUUGCCAACAAGGAGGCGGUAGCGUCCGUCGCGACAACAGAAUCCGAGGAGUCAACAGCCGGGCCAGUUGUGCCGCGCCAAACUGCUGGGAUGAGCAUUUCAAACAUGCUCUACAGCUUCGGGAAGAAACUAGGCACCGUAGCCGCAGUGUAUCUUCUAGGCUACUUCGAUUUGAGUUUCGCGUGGUUACUUGCACCUGUAUUGUUGUCAGUUGUUCGCGACGAAUGGAAAAAAGAUCAUGAAGCACGGAGAUGCAUCGCUAAAGCAGCAGCUACUCGCAGUGAGCGAGAAGUGAUACUUGCACGGGUGGAUGACCUCCCUAGCUGGGUGUAUUUCCCUGAUGUUGAAAGAGUUGAAUGGCUUAAUAGAAUUCUAAGACAGUUAUGGCCAAAUGUCAACCAUUAUGCUCGAACUUUGUUGAAAAACUCUAUCGAACCUGGUGUACGAGAUAGCCUUGCUCAGUACAAGCUGCAAGGAUUUCGCUUUGAGAAAAUGGUUUUAGGAAAUAUUCCUAUGAGGAUUGGAGGAGUCAAAGUUUAUGAUUUAGACCUUCAUCGUAAGGAGAUCAUGUUGGAUAUGGAUUUAUUCUAUGCUGGAGACUGUGAUAUUUCGUUUAGUCUUGGAGGUUUAAAAGGUGGUAUCAAGGACUUCCAGAUUCAUGGCAUGGUUCGUGUGGUCAUGAAGCCUCUGAUCAGUGAUAUGCCACUUGUUGGUGGGCUUCAGAUCUUUUUUCUUAAUAAUCCAACAGUUGACUUCAACUUGGUAGGAGUAGCUGAUAUGCUUGAUAUGCCUGGUAUCAGUGAUCUACUUCGCCGAACAAUUGUGGAAGUUAUUGCUGGAAUAAUGGUGCUUCCCAACAAGCUACCUAUACAACUUAGUGAUUCUGUACAAGCUGAACAACUGCGAAUGCCUGAAUUGGAGGGUGUCCUCCGUAUUCAUGUGGUAGAAGCACGGAACUUGAUGAAGAAGGACAUUAGUAUGCUGGGCAAAGGAAAGUCUGACCCUUAUGCUAUUAUUACUGUAGGAGCAGAAGAAUUUCGUACAAAGACUAUUGAUAACACAGUCAACCCCAAAUGGGAUUUCUGGUGUGAGAGUAUCGUGUGUGUGGCCCACCAGCAAGAGAUUCAACUGCAGCUGUAUGAUGCUGACGACCUCUCCAAGAAGGAUGAGAGUUUAGGAAGGAAUACAAGAGCUACUGUGGAAGUGAGUACAAUUGCUGCAAAGGGAGAAGCUGAUUUGUGGCUGAAUUUGGAUGGUGCCAAGCAUGGUACUGUUCAUGUGCGAUUCACGUGGCUUACAUUGACAGCAGAUACCUCUGCUCUCUUAGCUGCUCUUAAAGAAACACAACAUUUACGGAUGACUUCAUUGAGUACAGCUGUUCUCAUGGUUUACAUUGAUUCAGCAAAGGACCUUCCAGGCAGUCAAUCAUCUAGCAAGAUCAAUCCCUAUGUUCAGCUGUCUCUUGGUCAUAAACAACAGCAGACCCCCUGGAAAGAGAGUACUCGUUGUCCAGUAUUUGAACAAGGCUUUACUUUUCUUGUGGGCAAUCCUGAAUCAGAUACCCUUGAUAUUAGAGUUAUAAAUCAAAAAUCUGGUAGCGAGUUAGGUCAACUUAUUUAUAAUUUAACUGGUUUACUGGAGAAGGAUGACUUGCAUGUUGAAAAUCAACCGUUUCCUUUGGCCCGAGCGGGUGAAGGAGAGGGUGCUGAUGAUGCUGCAUCAUCUGGUACUGGAGGAGAUCAUUCACGUGCUGGAUCUUUGCGACGUCCACCAGACUCUCCUGCAAAGUCAGCUUCAAGCACUUUACUCAAGCAAGGUUCAGGAGAUUCUUUGGGUACAUCAACUGCAGUGAACAACAGUCGCACCCCUGUAGAUGACCCAAUGGUGAUAGCCACAGCUCAGUCAGUAGAGUCAGUACCUCCAGGGGCUGGAAGUGACACUUCAGGACUACAUCAGCGCAGUCCCAGUGUUACAUCGUCAGCUGGAGAAGCAGGUCUUGGACGCAUUCAACUUACUCUUCGCUAUAGUAUUCAGACACAGAAGCUCAUAAUUAUUGUUCAUCGAGUUGCGAACUUACCAUUGAAGGAUAAAGAUCAUAUACCUGAUCCAUAUGUCAAGUUAUAUCUUCUUCCAGAUCGUUCUAAGGAUUCAAAGAGAAAGACAGAAACUUUGAAAGAUAAUCUGAAUCCUGUUUAUGAUGAACGAUUUGAAUACCUCAUGUCUCAGGCAGAAUUGAAUUCCAGCCAACUAGAGGUAUCAGUCGUUACUAAGAAGAGCUGGCUAUCUUCACAAAGUCCUGUACUUGGGCAGGUUAUUUUGAAUCUUGGAGAUCUGGGUCUGCCCAAGGCAUGUACCAUAUGGUUUGACUUACUUCCAGAAGUUCCGCGAGACUCUUAAACACCUCCCCUUGGUUUCUUCUUCCUGUCUUCUUUCUGCUUGUGGCAACAAAGGAUUUUUGAGCAAUUUUAUAUUUAGGUGCUUUCAGCUGAUGAGAGCAUGUUUGUUGCAAAAAACAAUUGCUCAAAAAGUCUGAUUGCAAGUAGUGUUAUUGAAUAUUUGACCAAAACCAAACUUGGUCCCUGUCCAUGAUCUUUUUUUGUGAGAUAUUGAUUCUUUUUGUAAAAUAACUUUAAAAUACUGCUGCCUUAAUAGUAGGUUCUCACGAUUAGAUCCUUUUGUGCCUGUUCCUUGUGCAGCUGCUGGUUGUCGACCAUUGGGACUACCCUCGAGGUGUACUGGCAUGGCUGUGUGUUGUGCUGUCUGUUGCCUUCAGUGGCCUUCAGUCUAGUAGUGACUUCUUUUAUUGUGCAUUUGUUUGAAGUGCUUUGCAUUUUAAUGGAUCACAUAUACAAUGGUAGUGUGUGGUUCCUUUACUCGUUUUUAUAUUGAAAGUUUAAGCAGCUUUCUUGUUUUAUACAUUUGUUACAUAGUUUAUUUUCCAUAGUAGAUGUGUUUUUAAUGUGUCAUAACAGCUGUAAAUUUGUGAUUCUAUCUUUGUUUAACUGAUUCUUUAAAAAAGAUGUGUACAUGCUUAAGGUAGAAUUUUAUGUUACCAGUGGAUGAGUUACAAAGAUACUCAGAGAAUUGGAUGUGGGUUUUCUUUACUUGCAUGCAUAGUAAUAUUUAUUGCCAACUUGUGUAUAGAGUUUUAUAGCUUUCUAAUUGGUGAAUUAAAAUUUGUAAAUUUAUUUAGGGUGCCUUUGGAAACUAAAUAACAUAAUAAAAAUAAUGUACCACUGAAAGAGCUUUAAUUUUUACUGUCUUAAAAUGACUAACAAACAAAAGGGUACGGAAUUUAAUUAAUUUUGAAUGUCUCAAAGUUUACUAUGAUUUCUCUCUGCUUAAUACUGUUCGUAGUAUUUGUGAUAGAAAAUUUUUGGAUGUGCAUAGAAUAUAAUUUCAUGUCAAAUAGAGCCAUUGAUUGAAACGGAACACUGAGAGCAUUGAAUCAUGCAUUUUUCAUGGAUGUUUGUUUGAAUACUCAUUGUUUUCUUGUAAAAUGAUACUCUUCUUUGUAUAUUACAUGUAGACAAUUGUUUGGAUAUUAAGAUGUUCCCUCCUGGUAAUUACCUAUAAUUAAAUCUUUGUCAAUUAAAAUGUUUACAUGAAAUAUUGGGAAGAAAUAAUCUUCCUCUAUGGCAGCACUGUAAUGUUGUACUUAAAAAUUGACAGUUUUCAAUGUCUGUUUCUACUUCUAUUGUUUCUUGUUGUAUUGAUGUGUUUUUCUUCAACUGUUUUCCUUGUUUAUGCAUGUUCUUGCAUGGUGCACAUCCAUGAAAUUUUUAUUUUUGAGCAAUGUUGUAUAAGCACAUGACAGACGUUGGUUGACUCAGAAGUUCAAUGUAGAAGACAGGUUGUAAAAUGUAUUUUGGCUCCAUGGCCUUCUUGGUUGUAUUAUAUUGGAAACGGCAAUUUAAUUUAAAUACUCAUUAAGCCAUUGUAUUAAUUUGCUUAAAAAACUGCAGAUAAGAUCUUCAAGUUAUUCUUCAUGACACUUCUUCCAGCAUGAAGAUUUGAAUAGAAUUUCAGAACUAUUUUUGUAGGUGAUGUUUGAUACGGAGAAAGCUGUAGAAUAGCUAAAAAGUUAACCUAUUUCACAAUAUGUAGAUUCAGCUGAGUUUUACCUCUGAAACAAUCAAUGCUGUUGUAUGAAAUAUUUGUUAUUAUUUGUAAUUUAAAUGUGAAUAAUAACUGUGAUCAUUCUUUUUUGUAUUAUUAAAAAAAGUCUAUUUUAAUGUAAGUUUCCUCUGUAAUGAAGAUGGAAUAUUAUAAAACUGUAAAUUAAAUUAAUCUUAAUGUAUUUC